AUGACGGCACGCUACUGUAAUCUACCGACUCUGGUAGUAUGAUUUGGUAUUUUCUUGUCUUGAUACUAAAAAUAAUCGGAUUUUGGAUACCGAUAUUCACACGAAGUGCACCUCUAAAUGAAAUUCCUGAAUCCGCCCCUGAUAAGCAAACUUUUUUCAACGUUUAAAUAGCACUUUAACUUCUUAUAAAUUACAACUUAAUUAUGUUUUUUUUUUUUUUUUUUUACUGUUACUGGCAACAUUGAUGAUAUUAACUCUGCUGUUAUGGCGGAAGUGGUAACAGGCUCAGCAGACGACGAUUCCGGUUUGACUAUUACUGUUACUAAAGAAUCAAUUCGACAGAAAGUAUGGACAUAUUUAGAAAAGAACGAUCUGGCUUGUUUUCCAAGGCCGGUGUAUCAUAGAAUACCUAACUUUAAGGGUGCUAAUGAAGCUGCUGCAAAGGUUGCCGAGUUGGAAGAAUUUAAAAGGACUCGUGUAAUUAAAGUAAAUCCUGAUAAACCGCAGGAACAUGUUCGUUUUCUUGUAUUAGAAGCAAAUAAAACGUUGCUUGUUCCUACUCCACGUCUCAGGUCGGGAUUAUUAAAUAGAAUAGUGCCUCCUCUUGGUUGUAACAAAAAUAUGUUAAGGAUAUGCUCAACCUCAAGAGGAGUGAAGGAAUAUAGUGUUUCUAUAGAUUUACAAUCUAAAAUAAAAAUUGAUCUUAUUAUUACUGGAUCUGUUGCUGUUUCUUUAUCAGGAUUUAGAAUUGGCAAAGGCGAAGGAUAUGCAGAUAUAGGAUAUGCUAUGAUGAGGAUAAUAGGCAUAGUCGAUGAAAAUACUCCUGUUGUAACGACUGUCCAUGAUUGUCAAGUAUUGGAUGAUUUACCUCAAGAGCUCUUUAACGACUACGAUCUUCCAGUAGACGUCAUUAUUACUCCUACAAAAAUUAUAAGAUGUCGACCAUCUUUACCAAAACCAAAAGAUAUUAACUGGUCAAUGAUAACGAAGGAAAAAUUUCAGGAAAUUCCAAUUCUUAAAACAUUAAAGAACUACCAGAGAAAUUUGUAAAUCAUCCUUACAUUAUAUGGUGAUGAGCAUUAAGUAAUGAAAUUCGUAUAAUUCAGUGGCGUGUCGUCAUUACAAUUUUUUAUAAAAUACAAGGGAAGCUUUAUAAAAAAUAA